ACAACAAGUGUAAUUACGAUUUUCGAAUUGGUGGUAAUUCGCAAACGUUGGAUUUUACGUGACAGAUGUGAUGACAGGAGUCCAACGUGGAAAUUAUCCAAGUGAAAUUUUGCUUGAUUAUGAAUUAAAAUAAGUCUGGUUUUAGCAAAAAACUCUUUUUAAAAGCUAGUUUGGAAUUAUGGCUCCCCCUCAGAAAGGUAAACAGGGCACAAAAGGGGCCAAACAGAUUGUUGAAGAAAAUGUCUCCACGCUCAAUUUUUACAGAAACAUGGCAAUUGUGGCCAACGCUUUGUCGCUUAUUAUUUUAGUAUUUUACAAUUCUACGAUAAGUAUUGUUCUGUAUUUAUUUUCAUGUGCUGUAUACAUAGGGGCUUACCAAUUUAUGGUUUAUAUGGCGAAACCUAAAUAUACUGAGACAGGUCAAUUGCUUGACAGUGGAGUGGAUCUUAAUAUGGAAGGAGGAGUAGCAGAACAUGUUAAAGACAUAAUUAUUCUUACGGCCGGUUGCCAGAUACUGGCAUCAAUUAUUUCGAAUUAUUUUUGGUUGUUGUGGCUGUUGGCUCCUGCAAGAGGGGGCUGGAUUAUAUGGAAAAAUAUUUUGUCUCCAUACUUCUUCCCAGAUGUUCCUUUCGAACCCGAAGUCGAUGAAAAGAAACAGAAAAAAAUGGAACGGAAAAUGAAAAGAAUGCAACGCUAAUAGGGUCUUUACUGCUUGUAUUGUUACGUUGUAAAUAAAAAACUUGUUUUAA